CUCUCACCUUCCAACAUGACAGAUGCCACUGUGUCUUUCACCAAGGACUUCCUGGCAGGUGGAGUGGCCGCGGCCAUCUCCAAGACCGCAGUAGCGCCCAUCGAGCGGGUCAAGCUGCUGCUGCAGGUGCAGCAUGCCAGCAAGCAAAUCACUGCAGAUAAGCAGUACAAGGGCAUCAUAGACUGCGUGGUUCGUAUCCCCAUGGAGCAGGGAGUCCUGUCCUUCUGGUGUGGUAACCUGGCCAAUGUCAUCAGAUACUUCCCCACCCAGGCUCUCAACUUUGCCUUCAAAGAUAAAUACAAGCAGAUCUUCCUGGGUGGUGUGGACAAGAGGACCCAGUUUUGGCGCUACUUUGCAGGGAAUCUGGCAUCAGGUGGUGCCGCUGGUGCCACAUCCUUGUGUUUUGUGUACCCUCUUGACUUUGCCCUUACCCGUCUAACCCUCUGA